CGCGCUCUCGAUUGCAGAACGCGCAACAAGCGGACCAGCGGAUGGAGAGAGAGAAGAAGAGACACGGACGGAUGCAAGGCGAGGCCAGGAACGGGAAACUGUAUCUCUCCUGACCGUCCAGCUGUUGUCUUUUCCUUCCCCCCUUUACCCCCAGUAUUAUUUUAUGACGCGAUUCUUGCUUUUCCCCCCUAUUUUUUAAAAAGCCUGACAUUUCUCCAUAUCCGUCCUGAUGUGCCGCUGCACCCCAUCACGAUUCUUCAAGGAUAUGCAAAGCGGCUGUUAUCACGUCGACGUUAUUUUCCAUUAAAUGCAAGGAUGUACCUAAUGAACGGCAUCGGAGGCGUACGAUCAACAAUGACAAACGACAGCUGAGCUCGGCGAGCCGUAGAAAUCGACGGAGGGGCUCAGAGCAGUCGAGGUUUGUGCGUUAAUUUGCGCCUAAUUAUUGUUUUCGUGUGUGCCCGUUUAUUUCCCUCCCUUCAUCCAUCGGGGCUAUAAGGCCUAUAGCCCGCAUCAUUUCUGGGCAUGAAACCCGUGGGAAUUAUGAUACCAACGUGACGCACAGUCACACAGCACAGCGGGGAAGACAUCGAGCCUCUACAGGACGGAGGGAGGGUGUGAGGUCCAGCAGAGCAAAACCCUGCCUCUCGCACUGCUCACAGGCGGAGGACGCCCAGUUGUUGCUGGACAAAUCGCGCUAAUGACUGUCGUAUAGCCCAGCAGGUCUCGCCCUCCACUAAUUCCCCAUUGAAUAUUUAAUUUUUUUUGAAUGCAUCGGGCGCAGCGGAGCGGGAGAAAGGGAGGAGAGUACAGUGGGUGAGGGCGCGGAGAGACGGGAUGCGGGAGACGCAGUGAGCGAGGAGGAGGAGGAGGACGAGGGAAACCGGAGGAUUGACGGCUCUCCUAGCGCUGUGGUGGUGUGACGUCCUAACUCUUCCUGCCCAGCAUGGCUGUGUCACUGUGGUUCGUGGGCGUGCUCACUCUGGCUCACGUUGCGCCCUCUGGCCAAGCCAUGUCCCGGGCCGCUAUGCCAUUCGGCCUGCUACGCAGGGAGCUGGCAUGUGAGGGUUACCCCAUAGAGCUGCGUUGCCCAGGGAGUGAUGUGGUUAUGGUGGAGACUGCCAAUUACGGACGCACCGAUGACAAGAUCUGUGAUGCAGACCCCUUCCAGAUGGAGAACACACAGUGUUACCUCCCUGACGCACUAAAGAUCAUGUCACAGAGGUGUAACAACAGAACUCAGUGUGUGGUGGUUGCAGGGGUUGACGUCUUCCCAGACCCCUGUCCUGGAACAUACAAGUACUUGGAGAUCCAGUAUGAGUGUGUCCCUUACAAAGUGGACCAAAAAGUUUUCGUGUGUCCUGGCUCACUGCUCAGCAUCCAGCCACCCUCCUCGCUCUUAGAGGUGGAGCAUCAAUCAGGGGCCUGGUGUAAAGACCCCCUGCAAGCUGGUGACAGGCUGUAUGUCAUGCCGUGGACACCCUAUAGAACAGAGGUGCUGUAUGAGUACGCCUCUUGGGAUGACUAUCGGCAAAACAGAGUCACCACAACCUAUAAGUUGCCCAGCCGUGUGGAUGGUACAGGCUUUGUGGUGUAUGACGGUGCCGUAUUUUACAACAAGGAGCGAACACGCAACCUUGUGAAAUACGACCUACGCACCCGUAUCAAGAGCGGGGAGGCAGUGGUGGUCAAUGCUAACUACCACGAUACCUCGCCUUACCGCUGGGGAGGGAAGUCGGACAUCGAUCUGGCAGUGGAUGAGAACGGCCUUUGGGUUAUUUACUCUACUGAAGCCAAUAAUGGACGCAUCGUGGUCAGCCAGGUGAACCCCUACACUCUGCGCUUUGAGGGUACCUGGGCAACUGGCUUUGACAAACGUGGAGCUAGCAACGCCUUCAUGGCCUGCGGCGUGCUCUACGCCGUGCGCUCUGUCUUCCAGGAUGAUGAGGGGCAGGCAGAUGGCCGAGCCAGCAGCAACAUGGUGGUUUAUGCCUACGAUACCAGUCGUGGGCAGGAGCUUCCCGUUCAGAUACCAUUCCCAAACCCUUACCAGUACAUCUCCUCCAUAGAUUACAACCCCAGAGACAACCAGCUGUAUGUGUGGAAUAACUACCAUGUACUGAGAUACCCUCUACAGUUCACACCACCACCACCUACUAAAGGGCCCUUGUCCUCUCUGAUGACGACUGUCCGGUCAUACACAGCCACAGUUGCUCUGACUCCAGUCCGGCCAUCAGCGUCCCAUCCAAUUGGUGUCAUCAACAGAGGGCCUUUUGACCAGCGGCCGAUCACAGCCAUGGUCCCUCUGACCCCACGCCCUCCUCUGCGUGUCCCCUUGGCCCCCGGGGGACUGGGUCAGGUGGGAGGAUGUGAGGGUCGGGUGGCACGAGGGGUGCAGUGGCCCCCUACCCUAAAGGGGGAGACCGUGGAAAGGCCCUGCCCUAAGGGGUCUUUGGGUAUAGCCUCCUAUCAAUGCAUGUCGUCUCCAGUGGGCUGGAACUCCAGAGGCCCUGACCUUUCCAACUGCACCUCUCCCUGGGUCAGCCAAAUUGCACAGAAGAUUAAGAGUGGAGAGAAUGCAGCCAACAUCGCCGGGGAGUUGGUCAACCUGACCCGGGGGCGGAUCUAUGCCGGUGAUGUCAGCAUGUCCGUCAAGCUAAUUGAACAGCUGCUCGAGAUACUGGACGCUCAGCUCCAGGCCUUGAGACCAGCCAAUAAAGAGUCAGCAGCACGCAAUUACAACAAGCUGCAGAAGAGAGAACGCACAUGCAAAGCUUAUGUUCAGGCCGUUGUUCAGACAGUUGACAACUUGCUCGGUCCUGAAGCUCUCGUGUCCUGGGCUGACAUGAGCAAUGCUGACCAGUCACGCUCUGCGUCACUGCUAUUAGACGCAGUAGAAAAAGGGGCGUUUCUCUUGGCUAAUAACCUUUAUGAAGCACGUUUCAGUGACAGGGCACCAAAUGUUGAUCUGGAGGUGUACGUGUUAAAUACAGAGGCGGACAUACAGGACUUGAAGUUCCCUGACACUUAUGACAGCGACAGCAUCCUACAGAUGUCAGCACUGGCCCUGCAACAGUACAGCAACAACGGCCAGGUGAAAUUAGUCCUUUCCCUCUACAAGAACCUGGGCUCCUUCCUGACAACUCAGAACUCGACCCUGCGGCUUGGACUGGGGCUGGGCCAGAGCUCAGAGGUCAGGCAUAAGAGCCUGGUGGUGAACUCUCAUGUCAUCUCUGCAUCUGUGCACAGAGGAUCCAGCAGAGUGUAUCUCACCGAGCCAGUGAUCUUCACUCUUAGGCACCUGCAGCUGGAGAACCACUUUGGUCCCAAUUGCUCUUUUUGGAACGCAUCAGGGGUUUCUGGGAAUGGCAGGUGGUCUACACAGGGCUGCCGCCUGUUACACACAAACAACACACACACUACUUGCGCCUGCAACCAUCUGUCCAGCUAUGCUGUCCUCAUGACAUACCAGCAACCUGCUUUCGGAGCUGGUGUGGAAGAGCUUUUUGUCUAUGUGGUUUCCUGGGUUGGCAUCUCCGUAGCAUUGGUGUGCUUGGCGACCUGCCUUACCACACUCUGCUGCCAGGGGGCGCCCUGGCAUACAGACCACAGCACCAUUCACUGUAACCUGUGGGCUAACCUGCUCAUCACUGAAGUUCUUUUCCUUGUUGGUGCCAACAAGACUCAGUACACUGUUCUGUGCUCCAUCACCGCCGGCCUGCUGCACUUUUCGCUGCUCUCUGUGUUUUGUUGGUUGUGUCUGGAGGGAGUGGAACUGUACCUGCUCCAGCGGGAGGUGUUCGAGGGCCGGAACUCCAGGAGGAAGUAUUUCUACCUGUGUGGAUACUCUGUUCCUGGGCUGGUGGUGGCCGUGUCCGCAGCCAUCGACUUUAGAGGCUACGGCUCGAAAACUGCAUGCUGGCUACGCACAGACAAUUACUUUAUCUGGAGUUUCCUUGGACCUGUUGCUGUCAUCAUUACGUUAAACCUCAUUGUGUUGGUGAUGACCUUACAUAAGAUGCACAGUACCGCUGCUUUGAAGCCAGACUCCAGUCGCCAUGACAACCUGAGGGCAUGGGCAGUUGGCUCCCUGACACUGCUCUUCCUGCAGAGUGUCACUUGGUCUUCAGGCCUCAUGUUCCUAUCUGCUCCAUCUCUCCUCCUGGCUUACCUCUUCUCGUCCCUCAAUACUGCCCAGGCUCUUCUUAUCAGCAUACUGCACUGCAGCCUCACCAGGAAGGGUCAGAAGGAUUAUGGCCGUUGCCUGCGUCUUUCGCAGUGCUGCGCAACUUCCUCGUCCAGCUCUCCAGACUCGGUUAAGGGUGCCGCCCUUAGAUCCAACAGCCGCUACACCAGCAGCCAGAGUCGCAGGGCCACGGCUAACAGACAGAGUCGUAUCAGAAGGAUGUGGAAUGACACAGUUCGCAGGCAGACUGAGUCGUCUUUCAUUGCAGCGGAUGUUAAUAAUACACCUACUCUUAACCGAGCUGCUUUGGGGAACCAUUUUCUUACUAACCAAGUGCUGCAGACUCAUGCUGGAGCCUCUCCAUAUGACACAGUGCUGGCCCAGGGAUAUAAUCAACCCUUUACCUCCACAGUAGGAACCUUCAGAAACAAGCAGAAGGGUGGCGUUUCACAAAGCCAGGAGUCUUGUGGGUUGGACAGUGUGUGUCUCAAUGGAGGCUACACCCCCAACACCUUCACCCUGCACGGUUUAGGGACGACUCCUGGGUCCCGAGCUGGAGUAGUGGGCAGCACUGACCUUCUGAGGGAAGGAGGAGUUGGUAUGGGAGGGGACGACAUCUCCCCAGGGCUCCUGACACCGCACGGGGGAGCAGAUCUGAGCGGUGGUGCUGGGAUACGUCGUAAUCUGUCUGACGCAGCGGCACUAGAGAAGAUGAUUAUUUCAGAGCUGGUACAGAGCAACCUGAGGCCUUCAGUUCCCAUGCCUGUUCCUCCUGAGCGCUACGGCAGCCUGGCGAGGCCGCACCACCACGACAGGCCGGCUCUCACUCACACUGCCACUUUAACUCGACACGCACAGCCGCCACAAGAGGGAUGGGCUACCUCCUUGCAGCCAAGCACACGGCAUAACGCACAAGAGGGCUGGUCACAAACAAGGCACCUCACACAAGACACUGAGACACAUUCCACGACACGUGGACAAGAUCAUACCACAACGCCUCGCUUACAAGACGGCUGGUCACACGCUCGCAUUUCUGGUGAUUCUGAGUCCCGUGAGCUGCUUAAAGAUGGGGACCGCUCACAGCUACAAGGUACUCUGGGACGCCGCGGGCUUCAGGAAAGACAGCAAGCACGUCCCCCCGAUGUUCAAGCACGACCUUAUUCCACUCUCAGCCGCACGCCUGGUACUCUGUCCCGCCACCGCAGCACAGCAGAGUCAAGUGGAGGGACGGACAGAGACAGGGAGAAAGAAAGGGAGCGAGACCGGGAUCGUUAUCGGGACAGGCCCCUCCCACCUCCUCCUCCGCCUCCACCACAGGACUCAGAGCCCCUGUACAAGGCCCUGGAGGAGCCACUGCUGAUGAAACAGAGGGAGGCAGGUGUAGAAACAUGGAGAGGCGGCCAGGACAGAGAGAAGGAUGAGACGUUUCUAUUAAAAAGAGAUGGAAUGAUGGAUGAUUGGAGGAGUGGAGGAGAGAUGGGGAGAGAUGAAUCUUUUACCUCUCAGAAGAGAGAUGGAGAGAUGGACAAAUGGAGAGGCGGGAUUGAGAGAGGGAGGGAGGAGUCUCAUAUGCUGGAGAGGAGAGAUGGAAGGAUGGAGGUGUGGCGAGGAGCGGAGACAGAGCGGGAAGAGACUUUUAUAACUCAAAAGAAAGAUUUUGGGAUGGAUGGAUGGAGAGGUGGAAUAGAGAGAGAGAAAGACGAAUCCCUAUUUUUAAAGGACAGAGAUGGUUGGAGAGCAGGGAUCGAACGAGAAAACGAGAAACAGAAGGACAGAGCGCUUGACGUGUGGAGAGGAGGGAUGGAUGUAGACAGGGAGGAAUCCUUCCUGUUUGAGAGCAAAGAUGGAGGUCCAGAUGGGAGGAAAAGAGGGAAAGACAGAGGGUCUCUUCGGUAUGGUGAGCGAGAAGAUUCUGACAGCUUCUCUCUGCCUUUGACCCCAGAUCUUGACCUUGAUGCUGACUCUUCACCUAUCUACGCCCGAGAUUCAAACCCCUCCCCUCUCUACCCUGGAGACCGCCGCUCACCGCCGCUUAGUAUCUUCCCCCGAAGCUCUCCGCCGACAAAUAUAUUCGCUCCACGAGAAAGUAACUCCCCUCCCAACAACCUCUAUUCCCGCCAUUCCCCGCAGGUGUACAGCCGGAGCAGCUCCCCUCCUCGCUUCUACACCCGCAACUCCCCCCGACCCUCUCGUACCCAGACAGCAGCCCCGAAGGUCCAGAAGAAGUCAGCCCCUCAGGUCAGCCUCAGCGGCCAUCUCUGGAGCUGCCGUACAGCCUGGGGCGACCCCCGCUGGGCCCUCGGCCUAAUCACCUCCAGACCUUCUACCAGCCACCACCGAUGGCGUCCAAUGGAGAGGCAGGGUACACGCCAGAGCCCUCCUCUGAAGGAGAUGAUGGACAGAUGCAGCGGGUGACGAGCCUGUGACUAGGGCGGUGGUGAUUGGGGUAUAGAAACCAGGGAGGAGGAGGAAGAUGGUGAUAAUAACAACACAUAAUGACGAUCAAACUGAUGGAAACGAUUAUGAUUAUGUUAAUGAAGAGGUUAAUGAUGAUGGAUGAUUAACAGUGAUGCCUGUGAAAGUGAUGGCUCCUCCCUGCUUCUAUCUCCCGAUCACCACGAGACUUCCCCCCCUUUCCAUGUUUUGUUACUUUUGUAUGACUGUGAUCCAUUGAUAACUCUUCCUCCUAUUCCCCUCUCUCUUCUCUCUUUCCCCAAACCCUGCUGUGUCUUCCCAUCUCAUCGGUGCUUAUCCUUAUUGGCCUGUCGUCUAAGUUUCUAUUGCUUCAUCGGCUGGGUGUUGCCCCUCCCUGUAGCAAGCAAGCAGUGUGUCAAAGAAGCACUUGUGUGUUGCCAAAAAAUCUUUUCAAAGAACAUGUGCAUGACUUUAUAGUGGCUUUACAAGGCUACAUACUGUAGGAGGAAGUGCUGAAGUGUGCGUGACGUACGAGUGUGCGCGUAGCUUGAUGAGCACGGGUGUGCGCAAGGGAGUGUUUGUGUGUAUGUGUGUCUGAGAGAGGAAGCGAGAGAAAGGGUGUGUGUAUAUACAUCAUUCUUGUAUAAUUAAUGUAUCACAGUGAAGCAUUUUAUCUAUACCAACUGGAGGGCCUCUUAAACACAUCCCCUCCUAUUGAUUUUGAACUCUUGACCAAUCCUAUUUCACAUCAAGACCAAAACCUCUGCGCCCCGACCUGCCACUGACUGUAGGUGAUGGAACUUUUGACUGCAGAGCCAGAGAUCAUGUAAAACCUCAGAACUUUUCUGCAACUCCCCCCGAGAUCCUUGUACAUAUCGCCUCAAGUGUUCUGAUUGUCUUGUAUUGCUAUUGAAGUUCAAGUAAACGUGAAAAAAAAGGUU